UUAAAAAUUGAGAAUAAAAAUAAAAAUCAAAGCGAGUUCAGCCAGCGACGACGACAGAAAAGAAACAAUCCAAAUGUCGCUGCAACGUUGCAGCUAAAAUUAGAGAAAACCGACAUCAGCCCAAAGAUGCGUCACUCACCUCCAUUGUCAGUUUGUGCGUGGCUGCCACUGUUGAUGCCACUGCUGCUGCCUCUACUAGCUGGAUUUAAUGGAUUAACACAAGUUGCAGCGCUCAAGGGUGAAAAUCCACACAUCAUUGAGCAUCCCAUGGAUACGACUGUGCCCAAAAAUGAUCCAUUCACAUUCAAUUGCAAAGCCGAAGGCAGUCCAACGCCAACCAUCCAGUGGUUCAAGGAUGGACGCGAACUGAAAGCGGAUGUUGGCUCGCAUCGCAUAAUGUUGCCCGCGGGUGGUUUAUUCUUUCUCAAGGUCAUACACUCGCGACGGGAGAGCGAUGCGGGCACUUAUUGGUGCCAGGCCAAGAACGAGUUCGGCGUUGCACGUUCCAGAAAUGCAACAUUGCAAGUCGCAUUUUUGCGCGAUGAAUUUCGACUGGAACCGCAAAACACUCGAGUGGCUCAGGGCGAGGUGGCGCUGAUGGAAUGCGGUGCACCACGCGGCUCACCCGAGCCGCAAAUCUCGUGGCGCAAGAACGGACAGACACUGAACCUGAGUGGUGGCAGUGGCAGCAAUAAGCGCAUUCGCAUUGUCGAUGGCGGCAAUCUGGCCAUCCAGGAUGCCCGUCAAUCCGAUGAUGGACGCUACCAGUGUGUGGUCAAGAAUGUUGUUGGCACCCGUGAAUCGGCCACCGCUUUUCUCAAAGUGCACGUGCGUCCGUUUCUCAUUCGUGGGCCGCAGAAUCAGACGGCUGUCGUUGGCAGUUCGGUGGUCUUUCAAUGUCGCAUCGGCGGUGAUCCUCUGCCGGAUGUCCUGUGGCGACGCACUGCCUCCGGCGGCAAUAUGCCAUUACGUCGUGUGCACAUACUUGAAGACCGUAGUCUGAAGCUGGACGACGUCACGCUCGAGGACAUGGGCGAAUACAGUUGUGAGGCGGACAAUGCUGUCGGCUCAAUUACAGCCACCGGCAUUCUAACCGUGCACGCACCACCCAAAUUCCUGACACGCCCCAAAAAUCAGCUUGUUGAGAUCGGCGAUGAAGUGCUCUUUGAGUGCCAGGCGAGCGGUCAUCCGCGACCCACUCUCUACUGGUCUGUGGAGGGGAACAGUUCGCUGCUGUUGCCUGGCUAUCGAGAUGGUCGACUGGAGGUGACCCUUACGCCCGAGGGUCGUUCGGUGCUCUCGAUUGCGCGCUUUGCUCGUGAGGAUUCCGGAAAGGUGGUUGUUUGCAAUGCUUUGAAUGCCGUCGGCAGCGUCAGCAGCCGCACUGUGGUCAAUGUGGAUACACAAUUUGAGUUGCCACCGCCGAUAAUCGAACAGGGUCCCGUCAAUCAGACGCUGCCAGUGAAAUCGAUUGUGGUGCUACCGUGCCGCACUCUUGGCACACCGGUGCCUCAAAUCUCUUGGUAUUUGAAUGGCAUACCCAUCGAUGUGCAGGAGCAUGAACGAAGGAAUCUCUCCGAUGCCGGCACAUUGACGAUUUCCGAUCUGCAGCGGCACGAGGACGAGGGCCUUUAUACGUGUGUCGCCAGCAAUCGCAAUGGCAAGUCUUCGUGGAGCGGCUAUCUGCGUCUGGACACGCCCACCAAUCCGAACAUUAAGUUCUAUCGCGCUGCCGAGCUGUCCACGUAUCCGGGCCCGCCCGGCAAGCCGCAGCUGGUGGAAAAGGGCGACGACUCGGUCACUCUCAGCUGGACGCGCAGCAACAAAGUGGGCGCCUCCAGUCUAGUCGGCUAUGUCGUCGAGAUGUUUGGCAAGAACGAGACAGAUGGCUGGGUAGCCGUCGGCACACGCAUACAGAAUACAACAUACACCCAGGCGGGUCUUGUGGCUGGCGUCAACUAUUUCUUCCUGAUACGAGCGGAGAACUCACACGGUCUCUCCUUGCCGAGUCCCAUGUCGGAACCCAUUGCUGUGGGCACGCGCUACUUCAAUAGUGGCUUGGAUUUGAGUGAGGCACGCGCCAGUCUGCUGUCUGGCGAUGUUGUGGAGCUAACCAAUGCCAGCGUUGUGGACUCCACCAGCAUGAAGCUCACUUGGCAGAUCAUCAAUGGCAAAUACGUCGAGGGCUUCUACAUUUAUGCACGCCAGUUACCAAAUCCAAUAACAAACAUGGCAACAGCCUAUAUCAAUCCGCAGUUGGACUCCAUAGCAGCAUCGGAUGCUGCUGCCGCUGCCUCCGUUUCUGCCUCGGCGUCCGCAUUGAUUUCGACUAAACCAAAUAUUGCCGCUGCCGGCAAACGUGAUGCAAUGGAUUCCCAGCAGCAGCAGCAGCAGAGCCUGGCCCAAAUCCAGUCGUCGUACAGCAACAAAUAUCGCAUGCUGACGAUACUGAAUGGUGGAGGCGCCUCGUCCUGUACGCUGACAGGACUAUUUCAGUAUACGCUCUAUGAAUUUUUCAUUGUGCCAUUUUACAAAUCCGUCGAGGGCAAACCUUCAAAUUCGCGCCUGGCGCGCACCCUUGAAGAUGUGCCCAAUGAUGCACCAUUUGGCAUGGAGGCUAUACUGCUAAAUGCCUCGGCGGUGUUCUUGAAAUGGAAGGCACCCGAACUGAAGGAAGAACAUGGUGUUUUGCUGUACUAUCAUGUAAUUGUGCGUGGCAUCGACACUGCUCACAAUUUCUCGCGUAUUUUGACCAAUGUGACAAUUGAUGCUGCUUCACCCACACUGGUGUUGGCCAAUCUCACGGAGGGUGUCAUGUAUACGGUGGGCGUGGCAGCAGGCAAUAAUGCUGGCAUUGGACCUUACUGUGUGCCGGCCACACUGCGUCUGGAUCCAAUUACCAAGCGACUCGAUCCGUUUAUCAAUCAGCGCUAUCCCAUCAAUCAGGAUCACGUGAACGACGUGCUGACACAGCCCUGGUUCAUAAUACUCCUGGGCGCCAUAUUGGCCAUCAUGAUGUUAUCCUUUGGCGCGAUGGUCUUUGUGAAACGCAAACACAUGAUGAUGAAGCAGUCCGCGCUGAACACCAUGCGAGGCAAUCACACGAGCGACGUGCUGAAAAUGCCGAGUCUAUCGACGCGCAAUGGCAACGGCUACUGGCUGGAUGCCUCCACUGGCGGCAUGGUGUGGCGCACCUCGCCCAGCGGCGACACCCUCGACAUGCAGAAGGAUCACAUUGCCGACUAUGCCCCAGUCUGCGGUGCAACUGGCAGCGUUAACGGUGCCACUGGCAGCGGCAGCAACGGCAACGGCAGCGGCGGCGGCGGCAUCGAUGAUAUUCAUGGACACGCCAGCGAACGCAAUCAUCAGCGCUAUGUGGGCGAAUACUCCAAUAUACCGACAGACUAUGCCGAGGUCUCCAGCUUUGGCAAGGCACCCAGCGAAUAUGGACGUCAGGGCAAUGCCUCACCCGCCCCCUAUGCCACCUCAGCCAUACUCAAUACCGGUCAGCAACAUCAGCAGCAGCAACAGCAACAGCAGCAGCAGCAGCAGCACCAACAGCAACAUCCACAGCCACGUUAUCAGCAGCGACCAGGUCCAGUUGCGUUGCCUGGUUCUUAUGGCGUACAGCGUCCCAUGCAUCCGCAUUACCAACAGCAACAGCAGCAACACCAGCAGAAGCAGCAGCAACAACAGCAGCCGCAUUCCAGCGCCAACAUCUAUCAGCAAAUGUCCAGCAAUGGCGAGAUCUAUCCGAGUAACACAGCCGGAUCACGUUCGGUUUACUCCGAUCAGUAUUAUUAUCCCAAGGAUAAGCACAUGCAUAUGCACAUCACUGAGAAUAAGUUGAGUAAUUGUCAUACUUAUGAGGCGGCGCCGGGUGGACAUGUGCAGCAGCAGCAGGUGGCAACACCGGGCGGCAGCGCAGCCCAAUUUGCCAGCGUGCGACGUCAACAGUUGCCACACGGUUGCAGCAUUGGACGGGACAGUGCUCGCUUCAAGGUGCUCAACGCGAGUCCGACUCAAAAUCAAAUGGAUCAAACGCUCGCAAAGAGUACCCAUCAUCAUCAGCAGAAUCUGCUCGACUUGGAUGGCUCCUCAUUCUGUUACAAUGGCUUAGCGGAUUCGGGCUGCGGCGGUUCACCGUCCCCAAUGGCCAUGCUGAUGUCACAUGAGGAUGAUCAGGCGCUUUAUCACACGGCCGAUGGAGAUGUGGAUGAUAUGGAGCGUUUGUAUGUGAAGGUCGAUGAUCAGCAGCAGCCAUUGCAACAGCAGCAACAGUUGCUGCCAUUGGUGCCGCACGCGCAACAACAACAGCAACAACAACAACAGCAGCAGCAGCAUCAGCAGCAAGUGCAAUCACUGGAGCCGCAAUCUUGGCGUGGUCAGAGCACACGAUCUGGACGCAAGGUGCACAUUGAGGAACCGCUGGCCAAGGAGGCCACGGAGCUCAUCUAUGCGCCCGGCAGCGUGGCCAGCGAGCGCAGUUUGUUGAGCAACUCCGGCAGCGGCAGCAGCAGUCAGCAGCCCUGCCACAAUGUCUGACCCCUGGCCUCAACGGCCACCCAGCUGAGUCAGCAGGAGCAGGCGAAGGAGCAGGAGCAGCUCUAUGCCAGGGAGGUGCGCGAGUUGCUCGCUUGGUGCGAACGCUUCAACAAUGGCGGCGCAGAGAACUUCGAGUAAGCGAUUGAGGAGCUGGGCAUUAUUUAUAUAUUUUUUUAUUAUUUAGGGUUGACAGUGCCUCAGAGCAGAGUUCGUACGUAUCAGUUAUGAAAGCAAUAGCAUAAAACGUGAGAUGAGAAAUUGAAGACAGUUAAUAAUGCAUCAAGUAUGCAGUAAAAGCAUUAAAGCUACAAACUUCAAAGACACUUCAAGGCAUUAUAUGGAUAUAAUAAUUUGAGGGGUGAAACUUCGAGCUUUAAGUACGCUUAAAGCUCCCUUAAAGCUUGCAAGUGCUUUAAGCACUAAACACGUCUUAUUAAAGCUUGUUGUAUGUCUCAAAAUUCAAAUCGCUAUCAGCUUUUUUCUAUCUUUCGUUAAGUGUAUGCAUAUCUCUCUGGUAGAAGGAGUAUAUCGCCAAGUCUGCAACUCUGCAACUCUGUGCUAACUUACAGAUAUGUGUGAACUCAAUUUUGGUGCAAUGCUCCACUGCAAAACAUGUUUAGUAGAUGCAUUUUGUGACUUAUAUUAUAACUUAAUUACAUGAAUAUUGUAUAAUGCCCAUGCCGAGUGCAUUUUGUCACUAAUGCUGUGACCAAGACUGAGAGCAUUUGUGAGUUAAGCUGAUUAUUUAGAAAGUAAGCGAGAAAUGCUUGGUUGCAUUUGCUCUUGCUGGUUUCGUUCUUAAACUACUCAUCUACAAAAUAAAUAAAACAAAUGUGCCAGUCCUGGCUGCGAUUGCCUCUAUGCUAGUGAUAGACUUACUACCCAAAAGCGCGCUAAAUGUCUUUGUCUCACUUACCCCCUCUCCUACUCCCUCUCCAUCUCUAUCACUCACUCACAUAAUGCUUUAUCCUGGAGUUUAGGCAUAGUUUAGAUUUAGAUAAUCAUUGUACAUGUUAAAGAAACGUAUGAUAAGUUCCUCCAAGUAUGCGGGCAGCUGAAGCCAGCGCUUAAAGUUAUAUUAAAUGGCUGGUUAUAUUGUUACUUAACAGCUUAAUUAAUAAUUGUAAUCGUAAAUUAUGUGAACUUAAAUGUCUAGUUGGAUAAGUGUAAAUAAUUUAUUAAGCUAGCCAUAUACGAGAAUUUCAAUUGAACAUGUAUUUAAAUAUGCAAAUAAUGUGUAGAGCUACGAUUAACAUGUGAAUCAAAUUGUGCAUAUAGUAAUUAAAAUCGUAUAAUUAAAGCAGAGCCCAUUAUUUAGUUGUUAUACACACAUA